AUGGCGACACCAAGAGAGCAAGAGGCUGCAGAUUAUCUUAGAAAACACAAAAUUAUCGAACUCAUGGAUAAUUUAACAAGCAUGCUCUUCUUUUACAGACCAGGUUAGACUUCUUUUUUUAAAUUAUUUGUUCACAUUUUCUUCCCAUCUUGUUUGGUGGCUGAAGUAAAACGUAAGCUAGCCUGCUGCUGUGCUAACGCAAAUUGUACUGACUGCUUGACUAACGUUAGGAAAGAGGGACAUCAUAAUAAACUCAUCACUAGCAUCCUCUUUGGUAACAUUAGUAAUUGAAAUCCCCCCCAAAUCAGUGUUGUUUUUCAGGAUCUGUUUCACACUAGUUUGCAAAAGAGAAUGGUUGAGAUAUACUGAAAAUAAGUUGUUAAUAGUAAUAUGCCACAUAGCAGACGCUUUUAUCCAAAGCGACUUACAGUCAUGCGUGCAUACAUUUUGUUUGUGUAUGGGUGGUCCCGGGGAUCGAACCCACUACCCUGACGUUACAAGCGCCGUGCUCUACCAGCUGAGCUACAGAGGACCAAUGUUUGAUCUACUGCAAAACAGGAGGAUCAUUCCUAUGACAUAGCCUACCUAGCAGGGCAGGCUAAGCUUUGUGGAAUAUUGACACAUGACAUACAUAUUUUUCCCCAUCAUUUGUUUCUACUACAGAGAGACCAAAUGAGUUCCUGAUCACACAGCUUGAACAACUGAGAGUGUCCAAAAUGCGGUCACUGGAUUGCCCAAGCCUGUUCAAUGACACAAACCUGGAUGCCGUUUUGGGAAUCUUGGACCCUAUCAAGCAAGGGCACAUCACUUUUGUUCAGUACAAGGAGGGUGAGUCACAGAAAUGGUCCAUUUGAUCAUUUGCGAGGCAAUGGCCCAGAAACAAUUUGGGGGGGAUAGGACAGUGUAUCAGAUCACCUACUGUAUCAGAUAAGUGCAUCAAAAACAAGUGGGGGGCAUACCAAUGAUUCGGCCUAUAUAAGUCUAAGCCUAUAAGUCUAAUAAUAAUAUACCACACCCCAAUGUUUAUGCCUUUCCAUCACUCCCAAGGAAACACUCAUUCAACAUACUAUGUAUGAUUCUGUUUCGCAGCACUAACCACUUUGGGGAUUGAGAAGUUUAAUGAGUGUCCUGAAGGUGUGGCCAAGGACAAGAUAUCUCAGGAAACCUUCAAGAGAGAGGCGUAA